AUGGAUUCCAACAUCUUCCAGAAUGAAUUCACUUGUUCCAUAUGUGUGAAGUACUUCAUAGACCCGGUCACUAUAGGCUGUGGGCACAGCUUUUGUAUGCCUUGUCUUUGUAUCUUCUGGGAGGAAGCCUAUCAUCCUCCUUCCUGCCCUGUCUGCAGGGAAACAUCCCAUCAAACGAACUUCAAAACCAACAUUGUUUUGAAGACACGGGUAUUCCUUGCCAGACGGGCAAGACCUUACCACUUACCGAGCUCUGCAGAACAGAUGUGUGAGAUACACAUGAAAACUAAGAACUUCUUCUGUGAGGUUAUGAAGGACCUGCUCUGUUUGCUGUGCUGUAAGUCAAAGGAGCAUGAGGCCCACAGACAUUGUUCCACUGACUGGACCGCUGAGGAAUACCGGCAAAAGCUCCUGAAAGAAAUGAGGUCUGUGUGGGAAAAGACACAAGAAAAUCGGAGAAAUCAAAAAAGAGAGAGCAGCAAAAUCAGAGCAUGGGAGACAACCCACUCACCGCAGGGUUAUAUGUCUCUGCGGAGGGAGAUGAUCCGUGCUGAAUAUCGGAAGGUGUACCACUUGCUUUACGAGGAAGAGAGACGUUAUUUAGAGAGAAUGGAGAAAGAAAGCAACGAGAUUUUACAACAACUCAGAGCAAGUGAGGACAGCAUGGACCAAAAGGGAAAAGUCCUAAGAGGAAUGUAUGAGGACCUCAAGAAAACGUGUCAUGAGCCAGACGUGGAGCUGCUCCAGCAUUUUGAAAACACUUUAAAAAGGAGUGAGUCAGUGCAGCUGCACAUGCCGCAACCUGUGGAUCCACGGCUCAGUUCAUGGCCCAUCACGGGGCUGAUAGAGAGACUCAACCAUUUUCUUGUGCCCAUUUUUUUUGAAAAUGAAACAACGACCUGUCACAUGCCGCUGUUUGAAGAUCUGAGACGUUGGCUCUUCAGUCGCGAUCAUCCUGACGUUGUCACUAAUGCAACAAGAUCAAAAUACUUUCUGGCAUGGGGAGCCCAGACAUUUACCUGUGGUCAGCAUUACUGGGAGGUGGAUGUGGGGAACUGUCGGAACUGGGCCCUUGGAUUUUGCGAUGAUUCUUGGACAAUGAGGAAUGACAUGGCGCUUGACUCAGAGGGGAUUUUUCUACUCUUUUGUAUCAAAGAGGACAACCAGUGUCAUCUCUUUAGCUCGUCCCCACUGUCGCCUCAAUAUGUAGAAAGGCCUCUGGGCCACGUGGGGGUGUUCCUGGAUUAUGAGUGUGGUGUGGUGAGCUUUGUGAAUGUGGCCAAUUGCUCCCUCAUUUGCAGUUUCCUCUCACGUUCCUUCUGUCUUCCUCUCCGACCCUUUCUAUGCUCUGCACCCUCGUGAGGAGGGACAUGUCAGAAAGUGACCGCAAGCGUCAGCUCAGCAAAGUGCCUGCUUGAUGGUCUUCAACGUCUUCCUUUAUCCAACCCAUUGACUAUUUUUAAAGGUUGAUAAUUACAAGCAUAUA